UAUACUAAGGUCGGAACGACUAUGGACGGAACAGCUCGAUGGCCGGAACAACCUGUAUACGUAUAAUACACCUACGACCAUCAAUGUAUAUAUUUUUUGGUUUCAACAAAUGUUAUUGUGUUAACAUAUACAAGUCUUCUCCUGAACCGGUACAACAUACAUGUAUAUACAUGUACACGGAAUAAUAAGAAGAUUUGUGUGGAGUUGACGACUUGCCUCAGAAUGAUGACAGCUAGACUACCGAAGGCAGUAAUGUUGUGUUGGCGACGUUGCUAUGGGAUGUGUAUCAUAAAACCAAAGACUGAUGUGCGUACGUUUACAAGACCAGUUUGCACUUCUAGGAUUUUUGAAAUACAGUCUUCAGAAACAAGACCAUUUCAAGUGAAUUCACAGUUAAAGCACUGCAUAAACUGCUGGAAAAAUAUGAAUUUCGGUUCGAGAUGUUCAAAUGUUAUGUCAUUUUGUUGGAGAAUCAAUGACAAGAAUAGGACUUUAUUUAAAAAUGUACAUCGUGGUCUAUCGCAACAGAAUCAUAGACAUUUUAGUACCACAACUGAAGUGGACCAUUACAGUGUUGAAGUUCUCUACAAUGGUCUACGUCACCAUGACCGAGGCUGUCUGGCUCGUGCCAUCACAUUGGUGGAGUCUAAAAACCAAACUAAGAAGUUACAGGCCCAAGUACUCUUGAAUCGUAUCCUACAGGUAGAAAAAACAAAGAAGGCAACUGCACCUACAUCUUUCAGAAUAGGUUUGUCUGGCCCUCCCGGAGCAGGUAAAAGUACCUUUAUUGAAGUAUUCGGAAGCUAUCUAACGAGUCAAGGGCACAGGGUAGCAGUGUUGGCUGUGGACCCUUCAUCAUUACAGACUGGAGGUAGUCUCCUUGGGGACAAGACACGGAUGCCGGAAUUGUCACGGAACAUGAAUGCUUAUGUCCGUCCAUCACCUGCACGAGGUAUACUUGGAGGUGUAACCAGGACGACUAACGAGGCGGUAAUUGUGUGUGAGGCAGCAGGGUAUGACAUCAUUCUCAUAGAAACAGUAGGUGUGGGGCAGUCUGAGUUUGUCGUUGCAGAUAUGGUUGACAUGUUUUGCCUCAUCAUUCCGCCAGCUGGUGGUGACGAGCUACAAGGUAUAAAGAAAGGGAUUGUUGAGAUGGCUGAUUUGGUCGUUGUCAACAAAUCAGACGGAGACUUGGUGGCUGCUGCUCGUCGUAUACAAACAGAAUACAUCAGUGCUUUGAAAUUCAUGCGACAGAAAUCUCCAAACUGGAAACCUACGGUAAGGAGGGUUUCUUCACUUCAUAACGACGGUAUUGAGGACCUUUGGACAAUGAUGGGCACAUUCAAAAAUGCAAUGAUAGAUUCUAAAGAGUUCUCAAACAAAAGACAGAUGCAGAAACGGAUUUGGAUGUGGAACUACAUACGGGACAACAUCAUGGAUUUGUUUCGGUCCCACAAGUCAGUGAAAAGUAAAAUUACAGAAGUUGAAAGACAAGUUGUGGAUGGUGUAAUAUCUCCUGGUACAGCAGCGGAUUUACUCCUACAGGAAUUUAUCAAAGACAGUUGAUCAGCUGCUGAAUAUAGUUCAUUUGGAAAGUUGAAAUGUGAUAUUUAUGCUGUGAUAUGAUUAUUAUUAAAAU